AUGGCGUUGGCGGCGGCGGAAGUGAGCGCCCUGGCGGUGCUGGGUGGGGCUGACCACAGCUUACCAGUCGGCACGCCGAGCGUGGUGCGCCGCAGUGUACGCCACGCGCCCACUGCAGCGAUGGCGGCGACACUCCAGAGCGCAGGCGGCGACUUGGCAGCCUGGGGCAGCGCGGAGCCAUCGGCCAUUGCGCCGGCCGAGCAUGGCGCGCGCUGUUCAUCCGCGGACGCGGCCGACGGACAGCACCCGCCCCAGGGCCUGCUGCUCUGGGAGGCAGCCCAGAUGCCCGUCAAAGAGCCGAGCAGCUUGCAGCAGCGGGCCCUGCGCCGCACGGCGCCUGACAACCUCAUUGACUGCCAGCCGGGCGCGUGUUUCGAGGGCCCGCCAGCCGCGCACGACGACCUCGCCGCAGCGCCGACGGGCGAGGCCGACGCGCGGAUGGCGAGCGGCGCGGCGGACGAGUCGGAGGGGGAUGCAGAGCGGCAGCAGGCGCCGGACCCAUUGAUGGGCGACGCUCUGGCGCACGAUGUGGCGACUCAGCUGCUGUACAGGCGAGCCGGGGUGGGGAGGCAGCUCGGCGACCGCAGGCAGCGCCACAAGCGGUCCACCCACAGCGCAGCGCCCGCUCACCAGCACGCCCACGCGUCGCGCCUGCACCGCGCGACCGCCGCCAGCGAGGGCGGCGGCGCCGAGCGCCGCGCCGGCCGCAGCGGCGGCGCUGCGCAGCCGGCGGCCAGCGGGCGCGAGUCGCGGCGGCCGCAGCAGCAGCAGCGGCAGCGGCAGCAGCGGCGGAAAGAGGAUUAUGAGGAGGAGGAGGAAGAAGUGACCAACCACGAGAUGGGCUCAGAGCCUCCCAGCGUGAACAGCUCGCCGCUCCUGCGCCCCCUCGCGGCGCCCGCGCGCCCCGGCCGCAAGGCACGGCUUGGGUGCCCGGCGGCGGCGCAUGUGCAGCAGCAGCAGCAGGACGGGCAGCCCAGCAAGCAGGCGCAGUGGCCGGGCGGCAGCCAGGGCACGGCCGACAGCGAGACGGAUACUGGCGGCCGCGGGCGGCGGGUGCGGAAGCGGCCCGUGUGGCAGAGCAGCGCAGAGUUCGAGAUGGACGAGAGCGGCGCGGCAGAGGGCAAGGCCGUGGCGCCAAGCCACCCACACUCGGCGCAGCCGGCUAGGAGCGGCGGCGCCGGGCACGAGCGAACGCCGGACCGGUCCCAGCGUCCCGGUGGCGGCGGCAGCGCCGCGACUAGCGGCUCCCCGCGCGCGCGGCAGCGCGCGCCGCAAGCCAAGGCGCCUGCGAGCGUCGACGCUGCAGGCAUGCGCGGCGGCGCGUGGUCCCCAGGCCCCGCCCUGCCAGGCGGCGGCGCGCGCAGCCCGCUGCGCAUCUGCAUCGGCCCCAGGCCGCCGCCGGCGCCGAGCCCUUCGGGCGGCGCGUCGUCGCCGGCAAGCGACGUGGUGGUGGGCGCGGUCAGCACGGUGCAGCGCACGACGGCGGUCCGCCGAUGCCUCAAGCCCGAUCUCUCCGCCGGCCCCGGUCCCCGCGCCGCCCCGCUGGCGGGGGCCUCCGCUCCUUCCCGCAGCUGGAUCGGUUGCAGCGGCGGCAGCGGCGCAGUCACGCAGAGCGUGCCCAGGGGGCCGUCGCCGCCCUGUGGCGCAAAGGAAGACGAAGGGACAGAUCUGACAGAGGACGAGUACGAGGCGGCGACAACGCUUCCAUUCAUGAAGGUCGGCGGCGGCGGCGGCGGUGGCCUGCUCGCCGCCGCCGCAGCCGCUGCCGCGCACGCAGCACCCCCUGCAGAUGCCGCUGGUGCCGCGCCGCGCGUGCGUAGGGCAUCGCCGGGGCCGCAGGCCAGCCACAGCGCGCGUUCGGCCGAAGUGCCGGCGCUGGAUGCAGAUCAGCGAGAGCUCAUCAGCAGGCUCCUAAAGCACAGCUUGACAGGGGCCGUGGGCCGCGAGCGCUCCGCCGAGAUCACCAGCGCCGCCGCAAACGCGGCAGCCGCCGUGGCGGCGGCAGCGGCCGCGGCCGCGGUGGCAACUGCGCCCGGCGGCGCCGUGGCGGGGCGGGGUGUGGCGGCGCCAGGCGCCGCCGGUCGGGCAGAAGCCGAGGCUGCAGCGGCGCUGCUGCACGGCCGCAGCCGCGGCCGUGGCUGCGAGGUGGGUGCUGGCGCGGCGGCCUUGGUCGCGGGCCUCGACAGCUAUGUGCAGCAGGCUGGAUCCCAGGCAGCGGCCGAAGCCGAGCUGGCAGCCAACAUGGCGGCCUUGUCAGCGCGGCUCGCAGACAGACCCAGCAGCGCGAGCGUCAUCGCGGCCGCCGCCGCCGCCGUGGCCGCGGCCGCGGCGGGCGCGGGCACGGGCGGGGCCGCCGCAGUGAGCGCGCCGGGAUCGCCCGUGUGCAGCUCCCUCGGCGCCGAGCCGCCUGCCGCGGCCUGCGGCGCGGCGGCCGUCCCCGCCGCGCCCUCGGGCGGGCAAUCUGCAGGCGUGGGCCCGCCGGCACACCGCAUAUCGAGCCCGUUUGCGGCGUAUGCGUCGACUCCCCUGGGCGACAGCGGCGGCGGCAGCGAGGAGGAGGACGAGGCCGAGGACAUGGACUGCAUGUCAGACCUGGAGCUGCCAGAGCAGGCUGUCGCUGCAGGCGCGCUCGCAGCACUGGGAGGCACGAGCUUCGCGCCCAAGCGCAGCCCCCUCGGGAAGCAAGCGCAGCAGGGGACGACGCCAGGCGACGACGGCUGCUACCAUGCCGCGCCGUCGUCAGCCGCCAAGCGGCAGCGGCGGCAGGCGGGCGGCGGCGGGGGCGGCGGGGCGUCCGUGGCGUUCCUGGGCUAUGGCGCGUUCGAGCAGCCGGGCGCUGGGGGCCUGGAUGGGUGGAUGGCCGCCCUGCCAGACGCCAGGGCCUCCGCCGACGUGGCCGAACCAGCGGCCGCAGGCCGGCAAUGCAAUGCGUGA